UUUUUAAGGCUUUUAAAUAGGCAGAUUUAAUAAAUAAAUAAAUAAUAAAUAUUAUAGGGACAUUCUUACACAAAUUGACUAAGUCUCACGGUAAGCUCCAGAAGGCUUGUGUUGUGGGUACUCAGACAACGAUAUAUAUAUAAUAUACAAAUACGUAAAUACUUACAUAGAAAACAUCCAUGACUCAGGAACAAAUAUCUGGGUUUAUCACACAAAUAAAUGCCCUUGCCGGGAUUCCAACCCAGGACCAUCGGCUUCAUAGGCAGGGUCACUACCCACUAGACCAGAUCGGUCGUGGAAAUGACAAUUAUACUAGAUCAGAUCGGUCGUCGAAAUGACAAUUACAAGAAGAUAUUGAGUGUAAAGGAAAGAAUACCUAACGCGACUUAUCGUCAGUGAGGUGGGCUGAAUGUGUCCUUGGUGAUUUUAGAGAAAACGCACUAAGAGUCCUGUUAUUCAGUCGACUUGUAGAAGUAUAAAUAAAAAAAUAAUCAACCCACAAUACCCUCAUGUAUCUACAAGCGGUGUUUCUUGGCUCAUAUUCUUUGGCCGUGCAUCAAUAUUGGAGGCUUCUUGCGUAAAGACCUGGCUAUAAGUAUAGCGGGAGCGUGGUAAAGUGUUUUUCAUAAAAACUGAAACAUGGCUGCGUCGCGUCUGUGUGUUUUUCUGGCAGUUUUAGUCAGCGCGAAGAUGCUGGCUGCACAGCCUAUAUUCGGCAGCCAAAUGUGGUGUGACCUGAUGUGCGACGACGACGAUGAUGAUGAUUACUCGGACGGCGACAUAUUCGACUUCUUGUUCGACCCUUGUGGCAGCUGCACCUCUACCAAGCCGGCUAAGACUAAGCCGACCACAGCUCCAUCGGGAAUGCAGCAGCCUUUUAAUCUCGUCAUACCGCCAGCCAACGGCAUGAACGUGACAAUGACUAACACGGGCACCUCGUGGCUCAUGAACUUCAUCCCGUGGGCCUACAUGCCCGCGGCCGCUACCACGGCUCCGGGGUCCACCACGGCGGCGCCCGCCACCACCGCCGCGGGUACCACGGCAGCGGGCAAUACCACACAGGCUGCUACUACUGCUAAAGCGUAAAAAAUAGUAAUAUACAUAUAUCAUAAAGUAAAGAAGAAAACAGUAAAAAACAUGAUUAAUUAUAUCUCGCCAGCUCCAUGUGCUGCUAAGCUGUAUUCAGAAUAUGUAAACAUGACAGUCCUGUAGGGACUUUCGGAUCAUAUUUUAGUCACUUAGGGUCGAUUGCACUAAACCGUCCCAAAUUUGAUUUUAUGGGAAGUCUCAUAGAACUCUGCUCUGUGACGUUGAUAAGCCUGUUAACUAUGGUUGGUAUAACUGGCACUCAAACGGGAGGUGGCCUUCGACUUUAAAUUUUUUACAGUAAAUUUUAUAGCUAACAUAACUCACAGUUCAUUUCAGACGCUGUUGUUUGUUUGUGCAUAAUUGAGGAGCGGUGUUCAAAUGCCGGUUCUGGGGUAAUUAACAGUGCAGUUUUUAUGUUCGCUUUUGUUCGGGUUAUUUGCAUCGCCCCUCGCACACGAAUAUGUAACUGCAAGGUAAUGUAUUAGGAAACGAUUAAACAUAUGUAUUGUUUUUACAUUUAGAUAUUUGUUAUGAAAUGUGUUGUACAAAAAGCAUUAGUUUAAUUUUUUUGCUGUAAUUACUGUUUCAUUAAGUUGUUAUAAAAUAAACAAGGUACAGGUAUAACCUAAGCUCUCACAUGUGUGUUUAAUCUUUAUUUUUACUAACUUAUGUCUUCAUGUUGCUCUGAGCAUAGUAUUUCCAGCUAUAUAGACCCAGCAAGUAGUUAAUAGGCAUGAGACCCAGUAAGUAGUUGUAGACACUCAAGUCUGAUUUCGACAGUAAUUUUUCGAAUAUUCAAAAAUAUAUAAGCACUUUUUUGUAUACUUUA